ACUGUACCGUUAUUACCACUUUUUAAUGUAAAUACCGUUUGUCGUCAUCAGUAUUUGCUGUCCGACGAAAAGCUGCUUCGUCAUGGCCUGAGAUUGACAGCGGUCGAGGUAAGUUUGAUUUACUUGAAUUUUUCAUAUAAUUCAUGCACAUUUAGCUGUCAGACGUAUGAAGGAGGUUUUGGUGGUGUGCGAUGUUGCGAAGCGCAUGGUGGUUAUACGUUUUGUGGUGUUGCCGCACUGAUGAUUCUUGGAAAAUUUACGUUGAUGCAUGCGCCUUCUUUGUACAAAUGGCUUGCGCAAAAACAGAUGAAAUAUGAAGGUGGCUUUCAAGGCCGUACGAACAAACUGGUUGAUGGCUGCUACAGUUUUUGGCAAGCCGCAGUAUUUCCAAUGUUAGAAGUUGUGAAGAGCACAACCAUCCAUCCAUCGUUUGAUGCAAAAGCAUUGCAGGAGUAUAUCCUAAUUGCUUGCCAGGAUGUCGAAAGUGGUGGACUGCGUGACAAACCGCACAAGUUUGUGUCAUUUGAAGGUGUACUAGGAAAUGUUCACAGGGCCUUCGAUUUCAAGUCACUCUCU